AAACUAUUAAAGGAAACAUUUAGUCACAGUGUGGCGCUAAUGUGGUAUUUGUUGUCGCCUCUCAUGCGGUACUGUGCGUAGUUUGUAGUUUGUAAUAGAUUGUACAUGAGAUAUAAACGUAAUUAUUGGAAUAAUAAUCAUGUUUGUAUUGCCAAUUGGGACUGCUGUAGUAACAGCAAGACAGUUUAGAGAUAAUUGGCGCCAAUGGGAAAAGAACGUAGAUGCUACGCCAUUGGAACAAAGUGCAGGGGAUUCCGUAUAACCGUUCCUUGACUGUGUACGCAACGUUACUAAGUACUCGUUUAUUUGAAGCAUUGGCGCCAUAAUUUGGAACAGAUAUGAAUCAAAAUAUAGAUACACUUAUGAGGCAAAUAUUCUACGCUGUUCAGUUCUCUAAAACUUGUCAUAAAAGUAAUAUAAAAAAGUUAAUGAAGUACUACCAGCAGUAUGAAUUGCCAGAAUUUUGGGCAUCUUUCGUAUUGUGCUUUAAACUUCCACUUACAAUCGCACAGCACCAUCCGCGAGUUGAACAUACUCUUCAAUUUGUUGCCAAGUUUGCUGUCAGUUUACUUAAUGUCACGAAUGAAGAGUCAGAGGAAUCACUGUGUCCUUUCUUUAGUCAAUUAUUUGACUUUCUGUUGAGUCAUCUUUGUGCAAAAGAUCAAGUUGUACGAUUUCGCAUUUGUAACUUUUUACACAUAUUGCUAAAUUCUAUGGGUGAUCAGGCUUUUUUAGAUGAUAAUCUUUGCGACAAGAUUACCGUUUCUAUGAUGGAUCGCUUGUUGGAUAAAUCACCGAAAGUCAGAGUUCAGACAAUUUUCGCUUUAUACAGACUUCAGGAUCCCAUGGACGGUCAGUGCCCAAUUAUAGAAAUGUGCAUGUAUCAUGCUUCCAGGGAUCCAAAGGCAGAAGUUCGCAAAGCGGCAUUGAUGUGCAUGGGAAAGAAUCAAAAAACAUUGCAGGUAGCAUUAUCGCGUACAAGAGAUCUGAAUGAAAGAGUACGUAAAGCGGCGUACGAAUUUAUUAGUAAAGUUACAGUUAGAUCUUUAACUAUUAUACAAAGACAUCAAUUAUUAAACGAUGGUCUGCUAGAUAGAUCUGAAAAAGUUAGAAAGUGUGUAGAAAAUGUUCUAUUACCAACAUGGUUAAGGCAUUUUAACGAAGAUUUCAUAGCUUUAGUGAAAGCUCUUGAUGCUGAAAUUGAUAUGAACGCAUCUGUUCUUGCUUUAGACACUUUAUUUAAAAAGACCGAAUUAAACAUAUUGGUAGAACAGUUACCAAUACAUAAAGAAACAAAGUUAAUUCCAUUAGAUAAGUUAGUUACAGAGAAUGUAUUAUACUGGAGACGUUUGGUAAAACAUAUUUAUUCUGAAAAUCAUACAGAAGAAUUGGAAAAAAUUAUACCCGAAUUAUCCAUGUUUUGCACAUACAUCUCCGAUUUUCUAAAACUAAUGUCUGCUGGUGAAACGGAGACAUGGGUCAAUAAUAUGCAAAAGUUCAUUCUUUUACAAUUAUUCGAGAUAGUGACAACAUAUGAUUUAUCCGAUGAGCUCGGACGGAAGAAAUUGAGCGAAUUAAUAUGCAAUACAUUGAUAAGUAACCACUGGUCUGAAAAGAUCAUCGAAUGUAUAGUAUCGCAUUUACAAUAUGUUGUACCAGAUGUAAAUAGUAGAGUAAAUAUUUUAUGUAACGUGAUCAGCGAUAUUAGAGCGCCUUUGAUGGAACCUUCGCAAGUUGAGCAGGUUCCUCAACUCUCCAAAUACCAACAAGAAAAGAUCAAUGUACAAAUAGCAUCGCUCAAGGUAAAGUUGUUGGAAUUGAAAGAAAUAGAGUAUCAGGCUAUACAAGACAAGGAGUUUUUGAAGGCAGACAGUUUACAGAAGGAAAUAAGUACAUUAACCGAAGAAAUAAAAAACUUCUCGGUAAAAGUUCCUCCUCCUUCUUUGAUGAUCGUCGAACAAGAGGUCACGGAAAAGAAUGAUCCGGAAACGAUGAUUAAAUGUCUAAGCAUAAUAUGUACUCUAUUACAGUCUGUAACUUCGUUAACACCGACUCUUAGGGAUUUGAUGAAAAUAGGUUUUGUCAGUUUAGAUCAUUCAAACGACAACGUUCACAUAUUGGCACUAAAAACAGUCAGUAUCUGCUGCAUACUGGAUAAAGAAAUAGCAAAAAAACAUAUUAUAAUAUUGCUUCUACAGUUUUCUUUGGAACAAGAAAAUUCAGGAAUUUGGGUGAUAGCUUUAAAGGGGAUCUUUGAUCUUUUAUUGUUGUACGGCCUCGACUAUUUUGGCAUCGUAGAAAGUCAAGAAGGAACCGCCGAGCAAAGUAAAAAAUCUAGCAGCAAACAAUUAUACACCGACAGUGAUCGUGAAGUGAGUCUGUUGUCAACACAGAGGCCUGAUACAGAGGGGAACAAUUGCAAUUUUAUCAAAAUUCUAACGGAAUUAUUAGAUAACGCGAAUGAAGAAAUAAGAACGAUCGCCACCGAAGGUUUCUGCAAGUUGUUAAUUAAUCAACGAAUCAAUAGUGUCGGUUUAUUGUCGAGAUUAAUAAUUUUAUGCUUCAAUCCUGUGAAUGAUAGGGACUACUAUCUUCGACAAUGUUUAAGUACUUUCUUCGAUAACUUUUUAACACGCGUACCCCAGGCGCAAGAAAUGUUGGAAGGGGCGUACUUGCCGACAUUAAAAAUUUUGUAUAACGCGCCAGAGACCAGUCCCUUGCAAGAAGUCGAUCCCUACGUCGUGUCCAAAUUUAUAUUGCUCAUGACCAGGCAUGGGCUUUGUAAACCUUUAACGGAAGAUUACCAUGCGCACAACAGUCUUGUAUAUACCAUGUUGGCGGAAAUAUUAAAUUUACAUAGCUGCAUUGAUCAACAAGUGCUCGUUAAAUCUCUGCAAAACUUGUAUCUGGAUAUAAACGAUGAUGUGUCGAAAGAAAAUUUACGUCGAACUAUAACUACAAUUUCGGAAAUGAUACAAAGUUCCGGAAAACAAUUCUGUAAAUACAUUGACAUUUUCAAACGAAAGUUAGAUAAUCCUACAGUCGACACUGGGUCACAAGAUGAAGACACUGAGACUGAUGAUUGAAAAUUAUUUUACAAUUUAUACCG